AUGAUAUGCACUUGGAACAUUAGGGGUUUGAGCUCCCCAAAUAAGCAAUCAGAGAUGGUUUCUUUGAUUUGCAGGAAUAAAUUGAAGAUGAUGGGUAUAAUUGAAACUAGAGUGAAUGUUAAUAAAUUUGAUAGUGUGUGGAAGUCCUUAAAAGCUAAGUUGCCUGGUUGGGAGGUUGUUAAUAAUUACAAUUCUGUUGAUAGAAUUGAUCUUUGGGAUAAGUUAUUGGAGAUUAGCCAAAGUAUGAGGGAGAAAUGGAUCAUUUUUGGUGAUUUUAACUCUGUGAGUGAUUCGAAUCUCUUUGAGCUUAAGAAGAUUGGAAGUAAUUUUACCUGGACAAAUAACCAGUAUGGUGAUGAUCGUAUUUGGAGGAAAAUAGACUGGUGUUUUGUGAAUAAUUGUUGGCUAGAGAAAUGGCCUGAGUCAUUUUAUGAUGCUAGAUCUCCUACUAUUUCAGAUCAUAGCCCUCUGGUAGUAAGUAUGAGAUCAAGACCUAGUGAGAGGAAAAUUAGUUUCAAGUUCUUCAAUGUUUGGUGUGAGCACCAAAACUUUAUGAAUAUUGUUAAAGAUGUUUGGGAGAAAAGGGCAGAUCUUCAAAAUGAUCCUUUUAAUAAAGUGCUACAUGAUGAAGAGAGGGCUGUGAGUAUGCACUUAUUCAAGCUUUUGAGCUGGGAAGAAAGUAUUGCAAAGCAAAAGUCUAGAAUGCAGUGGAUUUGUUUAGGGGACCAGAAUACAAAGUUCUUCCAUAUAUGCAUAAAGCAGAGAGAAGCAAGGAAGAGAAUUGUGGCUAUUAGAUCUGCUGAAGGAGUUGUUAUUGAGGAUAAUGAUAAGAUCAAAGAUGAGAUUCUGAGACACUACAUGAAGUUUAUUGGGUCUGCUGAGCAGAACAGAACAAAUACAAAUCCUGCAAUCUUUGAUUAUGGUCAUAUGCUGGAUGAUGGAGAUAGAGAUUACUUAGAUGCUGUUGUUUUAGAUGAUGAGAUAAAGUCUUCUUUAUUUGAUAUUAAUGGUGAUAAAGCCCCAGGACCUGAUGGGUAUAAUAGCAAUUUUUUCAAAAAGAGUUGGAGCAUUAUUGGGGAGGAUAUAAUUGAUGCUGUAAAAGACUUCUUCAGAUCAGGUAUUAUGCUCAAACAAGCUAAUGCUACUGUCAUUUCUCUAAUUCCUAAAAUUAAUGACCCUAAGACUAUUAAUGAUUAUAGACCUAUCUCUUGCUGUAAUGUAAUGUAUUAA